AUGCGGUUUGGGGUCGUGGUUGAAAAGCAUUCCUGUUGCCCCGGUGCGGAACGCGAGUGGAAGAUUCGAGGGUAUCGGGACAGAUCCGAGGACCCCACAGUGGCGAGUUCAUGCCCUGCUCGCAGGCAGAGCCGGGUACGGUGGAGAGAAGCGGGCACCUGCAUCUCCCUUCCGCUGGCUCGGAUAACGGGAGUGCGCUGGACGGAUAAUAAAGAAGUUUUCCACGAGGAGUUCGUUCAUUGCCUCAAGUACGCUAUGGUCGUCUAUAAACGUGAGCCGGCGGUGGAGAGGGUGGUGGAGUUUGCAGCCAAGUUCGUGACUUCCUUUCACCAGUCCGCUGAGGAAGACGAGGAGGAAGAGGACGACGGCGGCAUUUUAAAUUAUUUGAUUACUUUUCUCUUAGAGUCUCAUGAAGCCAACAGUAAUGCAGUCAGAUUUAGAGCUUGCCAAAUGGUCAACAAGCUUCUGAGGAGUAUGCCAGAGAACGCCCAGAUCGACGACGACCUGUUUGACAGAAUUAAUGAAGCCAUGCUUGUUCGGCUGAGGGACAAGAUUCCCAACGUGAGGAUUCAGGCAGUGCUGGCUCUUUCCCGACUUCAGGACCCCAAGGACGAUGAGUGCCCUGUGGUUAAUGCAUAUGCCACCUUCAUUGAAAAUGAUUCAAACCCAGAAGUCAGGCGGGCAGUGUUGUCAUGUAUUGUACCAUCAGCAAAGACUUUGCCGAAGAUCGUAGGGCGUACCAAGGACGUGAAGGAGGCUGUCCGAAAGCUGGCUUAUCAGGUUUUAGCUGAAAAGGUUCACAUGCGAGCUUUGUCUAUUGCUCAGAGAGUGAUGCUCCUUCAGCAGGGUCUGAGUGACAGAUCAGAUGCUGUGAGACAGGCCGUGCAGAAGCAUCUCCUCCAGGCCUGGCUGCGCCUGGCUGACGGCAGCGUGCUGCAGCUGCUGCACUGGCUGGACGUGGAGCACUCCGCGGAGGUGGCCGUCUCCGUCCUCAGCGCCUUGUUUGCUGUGACUCCUCUCCGCGAGCUGGUGGCCGUCUGCAAGGGCGGCGGCGACGGCAGGAAAUUGAUUCCAGUGGAAAUGUUAACUCCAGAAAUUGCUUUGUACUGGCGUGUUCUUUGUGAAUAUCUGAAAUCCAAAGGAGACGAAGGCGAAGCAUUGUUAGAGGAGAUUUUGCCAGAACCUGUGGUGUAUGCGGAGUAUUUACUGAGUUACAUCCAGAGCAUUCCCGUUGUUAAUGAAGAACAGAAAGGUGAUUUUUCCUAUAUUGGACAUUUGAUGACCAAAGAGUUCAUAGGUCAGCAAUUGAUUCUGAUUAUCAAGUCCUUGGAUACCAGCGAAGAAGGCGGGAGGAAGCGACUGCUGGCUAUUUUACAGGAGGUUCUUACGCUGCCCACAACUCCGAUAUCUCUAGUUUCUUUCCUCGUGGAGAGACUGCUCCAUAUCAUUACAGAUGAUAACCAGAGAACACAGAUUAUCACAGAAAUCAUCUCAGAGAUUCGGGCACCCAUAGUUACUGUCGGCGUUGACGACCCAGCUGAUGCACGGAGGAGGGAGCUCAAGAUGGCUGAGAUUAAAGUUAAACUCAUUGAAGCAAAAGAAGCUCUGGAGAACUGUGUUGCCUUACAGGAUUUUAACCAGGCAUCAAGAUUAAAAGAAGAAAUCAGUGCAUUAGAAGAUGCCAAAAUGAAUCUGUUGAAAGAGACAGAACAGCUUGAAAUUAAAGAAGUCCACAUAGAGAAGAAUGACGUGGAAACGCUACAGAAGUGUCUUGUUUUGUGCUAUGAGCUGUUGAAGCAGAUGUCCAUUUCAACUGGCAUCGGGGCGACGAUGAAUGGGAUCAUCGAGUCUUUGAUUCUCCCUGGGAUAAUCAGUGUCCAUCCCGUAGUGAGAAACCUGGCUGUCCUCUGUUUGGGAUGCUGCGGGCUGCAGAAUCAGGAUUUUGCAAGCAAACACUUCCUAUUACUCUUACAGGUUUUGCAGAUUGAUGACAUCACAAUAAAAAUAAGCGCGUUAAAGGCCAUCUUUGACCAGCUGAUGAUGUUUGGGACUGAGCCAUUUAAAACGAAAAAACUCCAGGCCUUUCAAUGUGAAGGUUCAGAAAUAGACAGUGAAGAUGAGCGAGAGUUGGAGGAAGUCGAAGAGGCUGCUACAGCUAAGAACAUCCUGAAACUCCUUUCUGAUUUCUUAGAUAGUGAGGUGUCUGAGCUCAGGACGAGCGUUGCGGAAGGACUGGCCAAGCUGAUGUUUUCUGGGCUCCUGGUCAGCAGCAGACUCCUUUCUCGCCUCGUUCUGUUGUGGUACAACCCCGUGACUGAGGAGGACGUGCACCUGCGGCACUGCCUGGGCGUGUUCUUCCCCAUGUUUGCAUACGCGAGCAGGGCCAACCAGGAGUGCUUUGAGGAAGCCUUCCUCCCAACUCUGCGGACGCUGGCCAGCGCCCCUGCCUCCUCCCCGCUAGCUGACGUGGACGUCAUGAAUGUUGCGGAGUUACUUGUAGAUCUGACAAGACCAAGUGGCUUAAACCCUCAGGCCAAGAACUCACAAGAUUACCAGGCUUUUACAGUACAUGACAAUUUGGCUAUAAAAAUCUGCAAUGCGAUCUUAGCAAGUCCAUGUUCACCAGAAAUUCGGGUCUAUACAAAAGCCUUGAGUUCCUUAGAACUCAGUAGCAGUUUUGGAAAAGAUCUUCUAGUGCUGUUGAAUAAGAUGCUGCAGCAAGUAAAAGACAGGACAUGCCUGAGAGCUUUGGAGAAAAUCAAGGCUCAGUUAGAGAAAGGAGAUGAAGAGUGUGGUGACCACGCCGGAGCGGCAGAGGGGGCCAGCACGGCCGCGGCUGCUUGUCCCGGGGCAGACGAAAAGAAUAACGAGGUGUACAUGACUCCUGUGAGGGGCGCAGAAGUCACACGAGCGUCACGGUCUGCUCGGCAGAAGACCAACAGAGGACGGAAAAAGAGGACAGCUUCAGCCAGGACGGAUGGGACACACACGACGGCUGAGGCUGACUCAGAAAGCGAUCAUGAUGUUCCAGAGCCCGAAUCCGAAAUGAAGAUGAGAUUACCAAGAAGAGCUAAAACAGCUGCGCUGGGGAGAAGUAAACUCCACCUUGCACAGCUUCUCAGUGAAGAUAGGGAUUAGAUGGUGGAGGUGGCACCCUUCAAAAUCACUCGGUUGCUUUAAUAAAGUUAGCCUUGUGUCAGAAUCAGGAAAGCCUGGUGUCUUUCCGACAUGUGAUUCCAUGUCACUUUGGCUCACGCUAGUGCAUCACAACAGUGUCUGUCUGCAGCCCAAGGACCGUCUGUUGGUCACAGAAUCACCCGAAUCCCAGGGGUCCAGGGAGUCUGCACAGUAAAUAGGACCCCCAGUGUUUAUGAAUGCUCCUUUCGGAAUCGUGGCACCGCGGAAAGCUCAAGCAAUGAGCUAGCAGCUCCCACGUGCAACUUCGGUAGCAGCUCCAGCACGUGAAUGUGCCCAGAACACGGACACGCUAGAUCAAGAGCAGGCGCAGCACCAGAUGGACAGGAAGGGGGCUCCUUGCUGGCGAUAGUGGAGCACUCACCGUCCUGGUCCACUGGUCAUCUUGACGAUCUCGCCUCGGGACUCCUGCGCCAAGAACACAAGGGUACGGCCAUCUUCAGGGUCACUUCCUCCCCAGUCUGUGCGUGCUCCCUGGAGUGGGCCCUUUCUGGGUCCCACCACCGGAAGGUACUUCCUAAGUUUUUGGCAUAAUAAAAUAAUAAAUACUAUGGAUAAUAAUUAAUAAUUGGGGGAAGAAUGUGCUAUGAAGUGCUCUCUACUAAGUGGGAGGAGUUCCUGUCAAUUUCAGUUAUCUUGAGUCUGACACUUGCCUGAUGUACAAAACCUAAACAAUGUGAAAACAGUCCUCUGAUACCCCGAAACACCUUUUAUUCUUAUCCCUUUAUGUAUUCAGAACAGACAUGUCCUACUAUGGAUCUGUUUUAAUAAUAAUUGUGCUUUCUUUAGUUUUUUAACCAAAGGCCAUUUACCUAAUUUUCUGAGAGCUGAAGUAAGACCGUGGGUUUUUAAGACCAGACGGCUGUGCUAUGUACGUCCAUGUGCUUUGUAGAGCUCAGGACUGUAAACGAGUCACUUACAGAAGCAGGGAAGGGAAAGGCAGAGACGGUAGUGAUCUAUACAUCAAUGAAAGACAUGACUGGUCUUCACUGUAUUGGCUUGGUGUCUUAUCCUAUGCUGCAGGUUUCUUAUGGGGUUGUCUUUGUUAAAUCCCUGUCGUUUUAAGAAGAAUUUUUGAGGGGGUAAAGAGAAAGAAGGACUGAAAGGUACACAGAAUGUGCUAUAAGGAGAGGUCUUUGGAAAUCAGUGAACUGAAAUCCCAUUGGUAUGUGGCCAGGCUAUCCAAACGUUUCCCCGUUCUUAUAAGUACCACCAUAGUGACGCUUGCUUUCUCUGAUACGGGAAAAUAAAUUUAAGCACCAAAUCUUCCGUAUUCUUACUCUUCAAGUUUUAUACACGAUUCUGUAGCCACUGCUGAAGCUAUGCUUUGCAGUAUUAAAGGUAAGGAAUAUUAUCCUUCUAAAAGACAUCUCGUUAAACUUUAAAUAAAUGGUUAAAAUACUAUAAAACCAGCAGAUGUAAAUCCAUUUACCAUUUUUCAGAACGGGUAACUUAAGAAACCAAACAAUUCUACCAAGAGGCACAGGUAUUUGAGUAAACGUGCAAGUGUGCCUUGUCCUUACAGCCACAGACUAGGUCUAAAAUACAGAGAACUGGGGUCCCGGUUAUCUUGGGGAUGGAAGCAUGCUGUUUGAUGACAAACUGGUGGUGCUGGGUUCUUUAUACAUACAUAACUUUGAAAGAGACAGUCUAGAGAUUCUUCUGCCAUUUCUUUGACCGAUUUGCUUCGAGGUAGUUGGUAUCCACCUGCUAGACAGCUGUUCACGGGUCAAGUCGUCACCACAGUCUUUACAAUACCAGCUUUCUAAGUCACACGAUGUGCCAGAUAUUGAAACUUGGUGUACAGAAACAAAAAGUGGGACAAUCAUGUAUUUUAACUUAGGGCAUAAAAA